AUGGCAAACGCACAGUUACCAGGAGAGCCCAUUGAUGUCAAUUACUUUGUCUGCACCUUAGGUCAAGCGGCGGCCUUAAUUGCGGACAAGCCGCAUUCAUUCAGGACGGUCAAUGAAUUCAUCGAUCAUCAAGCACGAGAAUAUCCGACGAGCCCAGCAGUUGGCUUCCCUAUCCCUCCCAAAGACAGAGGGACUGACAGAGAGUGGAACUACAAGGUCUAUAACCUCGCGAAAGCAGCGUACCAAACAAAUAUGAAUAUAUCCCUAAAAUUAAUACCUUUGCCGAAGAUAGAAGACAGAAAAGAAAUCACCGUGCCUAGUGCUUCGUUUCCUAUGUCGCCGGUAUCGGAGUUCGACGUUGCGUAUCUCCACCACACAUCUGGCACUUCUACUGGACUACCCAAACCGGUCCCUCAGACUCAUCGUGCUGCCGUUGGAGUGCUUCCUACCUUCCAUAGCGGUCAUGACAAGGCAACGUUUACAACGACACCCCUCUACCACGGAGGCGUGGCGGACUGCUUUCGAGCAUGGACCAGUGGUGCAAUGGUUUGGCUUUUUCCAGGUGCAGACGUACCAAUUACUGCCUCCAACGCUCUGAAGUCCCUGGGCUGUGCUCGAAAGUCUGCAGAAACUCAUCAGACGCCAGAAGUCAAGUACUUCUCUUCCGUCCCAUAUGUCUUGCAAAUGCUGGCGGCGGAAGAUGAAGGGCUGUAUACGUUGAGGCAGAUGGGGCUCGUGGGAGUUGGUGGUGCUGCACUGCCUCAGGCUGUAGGUGAUGAUCUCGUCCAGAAGGGGGUAAAUCUAGUCUCUCGAUUUGGCAGUGCAGAGUGUGGUUUUCUCUUGUCUUCGCAUCGUGACUAUACAGCCGACAAAGAAUGGCAAUAUCUACGCAGCAACGCAUCACCGUACCUGAAAUUCAAGACGCAAGAAGACGGCUUAGCCGAGUUGGUCAUUCUUCCAUCCUGGCCUCACAUGGCGAAACGGAAUGGGGACGAUGGCUCUUACGCAACAGCGGAUCUUUUUGAACCGCACCCUACAAUUCCAAAAGCAUGGAAGUACCAUUCUCGAGCAGAUUCACAACUGACCUUGAUCACCGGGAAGAAAUUUGACCCUGCACCACUUGAAGAUGCAAUUUCUACGUCUCCACUAUUGAGUGAUGUGCUGAUAUUUGGCAAUGGCCAACAAAUCCCUGGCGCGUUAUUGUUCCGAGCUAUCAAAUCAGCUGAAAUGACGAAUGACGACCUGCUCGAGGCUCUCUGGCCGUCUAUAGAAAGACUGAACGCAGAAAGCCAAGGUCAUACUAGGCUUUCCAAGUCAAUGCUGACGGUGAUGCCCAAUGAUGCUCCUGGCCUCGAGAAGAGUAGCAAGGGUACCAUCAUGCGCGGCCAAGCCGAGAAAAGGUACGUGUCAGAGAUCGCACGAGCCUUUAGUAGCGGUCCCGAUGCAUCUGCGAAUGGUGUCCUCUCGUCGACCAAGGACGAAGUGGCAGACGACGAGGUGCCCACCGCUGUAUUACAAGUCAUUCAGCACGUUCUAGACACUUCCAGUCCAAUCCCAGCAGAAGGUGACCUGUUCUCCCUCGGCGUGGACUCUGUACAUUGUAUGCAAAUUAGGGCAUUGCUACAUAGCGAAAUCGUCCCAUCUUUUACCGCCCAGCUACCACUUAACGUGGUCUACGACUGCGGCACGAUCGAGAAACUCUCCAAAUACCUCAUCAACAUACGGAAAGGGCAGAAGAUGGAGACAGAAGACGAGACUCAAAUGAUGCGAGAUCUAGUACAAGAGUACAGCAGCUUUAACAAUGAGUCUCUAAUCUCUGUAGUCCCCGCACAUUCAACUCCAACCAAUACCGCUACCUCCAGCGAAGUCGUAAUCCUCACUGGAGCUACCGGCGCACUCGGAGCCCACAUCCUCUCCCUCCUCCGAUCCUCCUCUCAGGUCUCCGAGAUCCACUGCCUUCUCCGGGCUGCAUCUCCCAUAGCUGCCAACGAACGAAUCUCCAAAUCACUCCUAGCGCGCAACAAAGCCCCACUGGAUUCUACAUCAUGGAAAAUCACAUGCCACCCAUGCAAGCUCUCCGACCCAGCACUCGGGCUACCUUCCUCCACCUACAAAGACCUCGCUAUACGGACCACUCUUGUCAUCCAUGCAGCAUGGGCUGUAAACUUCAGCACGCGCCUCUCCAGCUUUGUAAAAGAUCAUAUCGCCGGUCUUCGCAACCUCAUCAACUUCGCCCUUGCAUCUGGAAAGACAAACCUCCCGCGCUUCGUCUUCUGCUCAUCCACAGCCAGCGUGCUUGGACCACAUUGUAACUCACCGAUCGCCGAACGCAUCUCCCAUGACCCCUUGUCCGCUUCGCCACUAGGCUACUCCCGCUCGAAAUGGGUCGCGGAAUCGAUAUGCGAGCAAGCGCAUCUCCACACGCGACUGAAACAUUGCGUAACAGUCUUACGGCUAGGUCAGCUCUGCGGCGAUACAGAAAGCGGGAUCUGGAACGUUACAGAAGCAUGGCCUCUGAUGCUCAGCAGCGUAAAACUUACAGGAAGCUUACCCCUAUUAAAAGGAGAGCGAUUAAGCUGGUUGCCCGUCGACGUAGCCGCAGAAGCAGUCCUAAAUGUCGCGCUAGCUGGAACACAGACACUCAAGAGUGCUGACAGCUCCGACAUCCCAGUCUACCACCUCCUCAACCCCGCCACCCAAAACACAUGGGCAGAUCUCCUACUCUGGCUGCAAAAGAUCUCCCCAGCUUUCGACAGCGUCUCACCGUCCACAUGGGUCUCUCAACUCGACAACCUGACCGGCGAAGCGGCCAAGCACCCAGCACGCAAACUCCUCGCUUUGUGGAAAGAGGCAUACUGCAAUGAUGACGCUGCCAAGCAAGGGGAGCAAACGGCGGAGGUGACGUUCGAGAUGAUUGAAACGAAGAAAGUAGCUCCUGUGAUGCGGGACGUGAAGCCAAUCGGCGAAGAUCAAUUUACGAAGAUCUGGGAAUGGAUCAAUAAAGAAAUGAUAGGCAAUGAAAGUGGAAAAGGAAUCUAG